GGCCGGCCAUAAUAUAACUCUAUUGGAUGUUUCCGUACAUAGUACACUUCCGGACAAAAUAAUUUUGACUCGUUUGAGACUAAGGAGUGUGAUUUAAAGUUUACUCGCUUUCCCGUUGUACCAGCAUGUCAGCUGUUCUCCUAUUGUAACAUCAAUGCUUGAGAGGUACUUCAGCCUUGUGGCAUUGCUGAAGCAGGGGAAGGACCUGGCUGGAUAAUGAAUGAAACGAAUGGUUUCUCUACGAUUGACGAGCCAAGUUGGCCUGGUAGUACGGUGCAUUUAGCUGCCUGCUAAAAUGAGUCAGGACUGCGACAUAGACAACACAGUGUACAGGGUGCGCGUGCAUCUCGGCUCUGUUGUCCCCGAGCGCGGCUGGGUGUCCAUCGAGGCCACCAAGCAGACCACCACUGCUGAGGUCCUGCGCACGGUGCUGGCCAAACUCAACCUCGGCGGCCAGGAGCGCUACAACCUUGCUGAGGUCUGCGAGGAGUCUGGCCAGAGCUGCAAGGAGCGACAGUUGGACCUAGAGGAGUACCCUGUCAAGCUGCAGCUGCUCUGGCCCAAAGUCCUGUCAGACGACGAGUCAGAGACCCCGUACUUCUACACUAACUACCGCUUCUUCCUGCGCAGCAUGCAUGACACGCUGUCUAACCGGGUGUCCAACCCGGCCGACUACUGCACCAUAGACUCCUUCGUUAGCAACUUCUUCCCGCAUCCCUCAGCAGAGAAAGAGUACCACGACCUGUGCAAUCUCCCCGACCUCAACGAGAAGACGCUCCUGGGGAACUUGGCCACUCGCUUCCGCCAGGGGAAGAUUUACACCUAUGUGGGAUCCAUCCUCAUCGCUGUCAACCCGUUCAAGUUCUUCCCCAUCUACAAUCCCAAGUAUGUCAACCUCUACCAGAACCACAGUCUCGGGGAGCUUCCCCCUCACAUCUUUGCCAUUGCCGACUCGGCCUUCCACACCAUGCUGGAGGACAAGCGCAACCAGUGCAUCGUCAUCUCGGGAGAGAGCGGGUCGGGGAAAACGGAGAGCACCAACUUGCUGAUCCACCACCUGACAGCACUGAGUCGGAAAGGCCACGCCAGUGGGGUGGAACAGACUCUGUUGGGCGCAGGACCAGUAUUGGAGGCUUUUGGCAAUGCCAAGACAGUUGUCAACAACAACAGCAGUCGGUUUGGCAAAUUCAUCCAGAUUAACUAUCGGGAGAAUGGAACAGUUCAUGGUGCUAUCGUGGAGCAGUACUUGCUGGAGAAAUCUCGGAUCGUCUCGCAAGCUCCCAACGAGCGCAACUACCAUGUAUUCUACUAUCUGCUCCAAGGCGCCGAAGAUGCCGAGCGGGAGAGCUUGUGGCUAGAGAAGGCACAGGACUAUUACUACUUGAACCAGAGCCACUGCUUCACGCUGGAGGGGGUUGAUGAGAAGUACGAGUACACAAGGCUUAAGCAGUCCAUGGAGAUGGUGGGCUUCUCCCGGGAGACCAUGAAAAGAAUUUUCUCGGUUCUCUCGGCCGUCCUGCACAUUGGUAACAUCACAUUCCGCAAGCGCAAUGAGCAUGAAGAGUAUGUGACCAUCAAGAACAUUGCCACAGUGAAGCUGGUGUCGGAUCUCCUCAAGGUCAAGCAGGAAACGCUGGUAUCGGUGUUGACCAAGCGGAAAUCUAUGGCCAGCGGCGACCAAUUUGUAGUGCAAUACAGGAUGUCAGAGGCUUUAGCAACAAGAGAUGCCCUGGCUAAGGGGCUGUAUAGCGGCUUAUUUGAGUGGAUCGUGCUUCAAGUGAACCACGCUCUCCUGUCCCGCUACGAGAAAACUGGGGAACAUCAGGGCAACUCCAUUGGUGUGCUAGACAUUUUCGGCUUUGAAGAUUUUGUCCACAACAGCUUUGAGCAAUUUUGCAUCAACUACGCAAAUGAACAUCUCCAGUAUUACUUCAACCAACACGUCUUCAAAAUAGAACAGGAGGAGUACCGACGAGAGGGCAUCAUAUGGAAGAACAUAGAGUUCAUAGACAAUACAGGCUGCUUGUUGCUCAUAGAGAAGAGACCGACGGGACUUCUACAUAUAUUAAACGAUGAUUGCAAUUUUCCAGCCAAAGACACAAACGGAGAGAAUCUCCUGCAGAAAUUCACCUCGCAUCACAAAAACAACAGCUACUUCCGGAACGUGCAACUUGAACAGGCUUCCUUCAUCAUUGUCCACUAUGCAGGGAAGGUUAAUUACAAAGUGAAGGAUUUCCGAGAGAAGAACACAGACCUGAUGAGACCGGAAAUCACCUCAGUGCUCAAGAACAGCAACCUGGCAUUUGUCAGGGAGCUAGUGGGCAUGGACCCGCUGGCUGUCUUCCGCUGGGCCAUUGUCCGAGCAUUCUUCCGAGCGGUCAGUGCUUUCAUGGCUGCUGGAAAGCGAUACAAGGCUGGAGGUGAACGGUCCAAGAAAUUAAAAAGUCCAGAAGCUUUAACCAUCACCAUCCCUGCCAGAGAUGAAGAAAUGUUCAGACGUCAAAACCGUCGGGCUGUGCAUGGCCGGAAGCAUGCCCACGCUGCCCAACUCAAAAAUGCCUCCCAAGCAAAAGGCGCUCCCGACAGUCCUGGGGAGGACCAGUUGUCCCCCCUUCCCAGCGAGGAGAGGGCCCUCAUGAGCCCAGAUAAACACAGCCUGAGCACACUCAAACCCAGCCUGUUGUACGACGACUCGUACUGGAAAGCCGCCCGAGUUAUGAAGAAAAACAAGUCCUUCCGAGGGGCCCAAGCUGCACCUGCAAAGGGUUUGAGAGAUUUGAAGUCCAUGAAGAAGCUGAUGAGUAGGAAGAUGGUGGGCUUCCGUCGCUCCUCGACCAAGAAGUUACCUCCUACCGUCAGUGCCCAAUUUCAGCUGUCCCUCAGCAAGCUGAUGGAGACGCUGAACCAGGCUAACCCAUUCUUUGUCCGCUGCAUCAAGUCCAACUCCAACAAGGAGCCAUGCCGUCUUGACGAGGCACUAAUGAUGCGGCAACUACACUACACUGGCAUGCUGGAGACUGUCCGGAUCAGGCAGUCGGGUUAUAACGUACGACUCACAUUCGAGGAAUUCAGCCAUCGAUACCACCUGCUGUUACCCAAUGGUAGGGAUUCCUGCCUCCAAGACAUUCAAGAAUUCUUGGAGACGAUGGAAUUAGAUCCCAAGCACUAUCAACUUGGGAAAACCAAGGUUUUCCUGAGGGAGAGUGAACGGCUUAAGCUGCAGGAAGCCCUGCACAGUCACGUCCUGAAGAGAAUCAUCACCAUACAGAAAUGGAUGCGUGGAAUCCUUCAGCGCCAGAGCUACCUGCAGAUGAAAUAUGCAACUCUGAAAUUGCAGUGUGGAGUGCGAGGAAUGAUCAGCCGUAAGCAGCUGAGGGCGCUACAGCGUGAGCGGGAGAGGAAGCUGGCGGCCAUCUUCAUCCAGAGCUGUUGGCGCGGUUACCAGAUGAGGAGGCUACUAGAGCGAUUGCGGCGGGGGACGCUGUGGCUGCAGUGCUAUGUCAGAGGCAACGUGGACAGACAGCUAUUUGAGAAGCUACUGGACGAGAGACAAGAACGGGAACGCCUUCUGGAGGAGGAGGAGAGACAACGGCAGCUGCUGAGAGAGAAAGAGGAAGAAGAGAUGAGACUCAAGGAGCAGCUGAGGGUGUCGGCAGCCUCCCAGAGAGACGAGGCCCACUCCUCCAUGAGUGACGAGGGGAUCCUCACCCCGGAUGACCUGGAAGAGUUUGACAUGGAGAGGAAGCGCACCAGGACCAUGGAAUCGGAAGAGAGCAGUGGUAUCCUGGAUGGAUCUGUGGGCUCUGACGAAUUGCUCCUGGAUGACGAGGCACCCAAUAAGACGUCUACAGUCAUCAUAACGGACGAGGAGCAACCGCCUGAGACUCCACCAAUACUGACCGGGGUUCAAAGGUCAGGAUCCAGGGUGAAGGAUCUGGCCUUUGCCUACCAGGAGCACAUGCAGCGGAAACAGGACCAGCACCGACACUCACAAGAUGACUCGGGCCGCGACUCGCAAGACAUCCUGUACCCGCUGGAGGAGGCCGAGGACCAGGAAGAUCAAAGGUUAACGGAUGCGGACGGGCAAGUGGCAUCGAUGGAGACUAAGGAAAUGGAAGUCGAGGAGAAGCAGGAGAUUAAACUGAAGCCUGUUAGUUCUGUUGUGUUACCAACCGAGCCACGCUCUGAUGAGGAUUCCUUAGUCAGCCAGACACCUUCACCUCGCUCCCCAUUCCCUCCCGACCAAGACGCGGUGCCUACCACACCGGACUCCCCUGUGCCCAAGGACAGCGCCCUGGCCAAGGCCAAGCGCCACUUCAAGCGCCGCUUCAUGCGCAAGCAGUCAGACCCCCAGCAGGCCGUGGCCGAAGUCCUGGGACUAAGCCCAGACGGCAGCAGCAACAGUAGUAGCAGCAAGCCGGGCAAGGCCAACCUGCAGCCCAAGCCCCAUUCCCUCAAGCUGGACCGCAGGGUUCCGGAGGAACAGCAGCCGUCGUCUGGAACAGCGGGAUCCACCAUGGGGCUGGUCGGCGGGAAGAAGAUCCGUGGGGGCUCCAGCAACAUGAGCAUCCACGGUAUGUCGCAGUGGAGGUACCCUACCAACAAGCUGGUGUCUGAUGCUAGGGAGUUGCAACAGAUGGACACAUUCCUGUACAACAAGAUUCAUGAGAUGAAGAAGAAAGGCGGGAGUGACACGGCCGUGGAUAUGGUCUUCAAACAAGCCCUGAGUGAAUUCCGGCUGAACCUGAUCAGCACCUACUCAGUAGCCAUGCAGCAGGAGGGCAACACCACCACCCUGAUGUACAAGGACCUGAUCUCCACCUUUGAAACGUCACUGGCCAAUCAUGUCAAGACGUCCAACAGCAAGACACAGUUCCCCAUCACGCUGGGCAUCAACGCCUUCAGGGGUUUCCUGGACGAGUUCACCCAGCAGUACAAACCGGAAAAGAAGUCCAAAGAGCAAAGGAAGAAGAAGAAAGACAAGGAGAAGGAGGAGGUCUUUGAGUACCUGGGACAUCGGUUUGUAGCCGCCCAGUUCAGCAUCCCGACGGCAUGCGAGGUGUGUUCAGCGUUUCUCUGGCUCAUGGAGAAAGGGCAAGUCUGUCAAGUGUGUAAGUUUACCUGCCACAAGAAAUGUUGUACCAAGACCAGCAUACUGUGUAAGGGGAAGCCCCAAGCCAAGGUAACGGGCAAGGUGAUUGGUGCACGGCUAGAAACCUUGGUAACGGCAGACAGCAACAUACCCAUGGUCCUUGAGCAUUGUCUGAGCAUCAUUGAGCUGAAGGGGCUGUUCACAGAGGGUAUCUAUCGCAGGCCGGGCCCUGAGGCUAAGGUCAAGGAACUUAAACACCUCAUCAACACAGAGCCUGAUUUGGACCAGAUUGACCUGGACAACUGCAACAUGCUGGUCAUCGCCCAGGUUGUCAAGUCCUUCUUCCGGGAGAUGCCGGAGCCCCUGCUGACCUUUGAACUCUACGAGGAGUUCCUGCGAGCGGUGGAGAUACCGGACCACCGGGGCCGGCUCCUGUCCCUCCAGGACACCAUCAACAAGCUCCCCACCGCAAACUUUGACCUCUUUGAGAGGCUAGUGUUCCACCUGGCCAGGGUAUGCCUGUAUGAGAAUUACAACCGGAUGUCACCCAACAGCUUGAGUAUUGUGUUUGCCCCAUGCGUGCUGAAGAGCCCCAAGCAGAUGUCCCCCUGGGAAUCUUUGCAAGAUGUCUCCAAACAGGCUCU